UGGACAGUCCUGGAGUCUUUCUGAGCAUGCAGCUUAAGGGCUUUUCAAAUUAAAUUUUAUAACUUUAAGGAAAUCAAAGGGCAAUUCAAAGUCAAGAACCUGCUAGUUCAGCAAGGAGCAAAGGAUUCCAGCCGGAUUCCAAAGCAAAACCAUGGGAAUAUUAUACUCACAGCCCAUUUGCCAGGCAGCUUAUAACAAUGAUUUCAAUGAAGUUCAGCUUUUGUUGGAAGAAGACCGCAAUAACCUCAACAUCCAGGACAGGUUUAGCGGAGACACUCCAUUGAUCUGUGCCUGCAGAAAGGGCCACAACAGAAUAGUCAGCUAUCUCCUGAAAAGGAAUGCUGAUGUGAACAUGAAAAACAAGAAAGAACGAACAUGCUUGCAUUAUGCUGUCAAAAAACGGUUCAGCUUGCUUGACUACCUGCUCAUUAUCAUCUUGAUGCCAGUUAUGCUUAUCGGUUAUCUCCUCAUGGUAUCCAAAACUAAGCAGAAUGAAAACCUCAUCAAGAUGUUGCUGAGAGCUGGUGCAGAUGUUAAUGCUGCAGACAAUUCAGGAAGGACAGCCCUUCACUAUGCCUGUGAAAUGAAGAACCAAACAAUCAUUCCUCUGUUAGUGGAAGCGGGUGCUGAUCCUUCCAUAAAGGAUAAGGAAGAAGAGACCCCACUGGAAAUAGCAAGAAGACUGAAGUUUGGCAACAUAGAAAACAUAUUGAAGAAAGACUCCUAGAACAAAAUGGGAUGCUAUCAAUGUUGCUAUGAAGAAACAACUGUAUUGUCAAUUCAUUGCAAUAUGUGCCAUUACAUUGACAACUUGAUGAUCUCAUAUUAAGAGCAGCUGACAAAUUUAUGCAGCACACAUCACAUUAAAGUGCUGCUCUGGGUUGAUGGGUGAUGUGGUUUGAUCAGUUGGACAUGUUCUAUGAACAUAAAGAAGUUCAAUAAGUUUCAUUCUCCUUUUGCAAAACUGGUAUUUCUGAGAGUAAGAGCAAUACUAUUUAUUUAAAAUGAAUGUUCUAUCUGUAAGAGUUGCAGUUCAAAACAUUCAGCAAUAAAGGCUUGUUUUAUA